UUCCCUUUAAUCAACCCGUUUUUGUGGAGUCAUUUGAGCUGCCCAUGUUUAGCGGACCUAGCAUCGCCUCCACAGACUGAUGCUGGAUCAGGUGGAUGAGGACUGGCCGCAGUUCCCGCAGGGUGAGGAUCGCUUCCGAAGUUCCGAGCGCUUCCGAUGGCUUUACCAAACCGAUGGCUGGGAGGGAUAUCAGGACGACGAGGUCGAGGAGAUCUUGACGCGACCGCGUGAAAGCAAGCCCUGGCACGUCCCGGAUGAGAAGAUCAAGGCCAUGGUGGAAGAGGCCGGGCAGAAGGAAGGCAUUCCCCAGAGCCUGCUGCAACACGCCAAGUGUCGCCGUCCACGGCUGCUGCGGCCCAACGGCAACGGCGUGCAUGGCAGCGCAGCGGAGACCGACGAGGAAUGGCAGGCCUUACUGCAAGAACUGGACGAGGCCGGGGAGUCCUCCCGGGCAUCCCAGCGACCAUCCCAGGCCUCAAUCCUGGCGCCGGAGGUCUCAACGCUACCCCGACGGCCCUCGGUCAUGCGAAGGUCGGUGAGAUUCGAAGAGCAGAAGGAUGACGCCCUGGAUAGGAUGUUGAAACACGAAGAAGAGCUGGUGCAGAGUGGCCAGGGCUAUGAGGAGCCUCGUCGAAAGAAGUGGAUGAUCACGGACGAAGAGUUCCGGGAAUUUGUAUUGUCCAUGGCCAAAUCCAACGCCGAUCCCAAAGUCGACGCCGUGCCAAGCAGCGGCCUUACGUCGUCUGCCUCGGCGCCACUGUUGAAGGGAUCUGUGAAGGAGAUGAUGCUGCAUAUUUACUUCGUGGAUUCCCAGGAUGUGAUGUCAAUCCGUGUUUCUCCGGAUCUGCGCAUUGGACCCCCAAGAGCGCCCAAGGGAAACCGCUUCACCGACAUAUACGGCCUGGGUGCCAACACCAAAGGCUUCGCCGAGUUCAAGAAGUUUGACUACCAGCGGCGGAAGUGGCUGGGAGGAUUCCAGAAGGAUUGGGUGCCGGCUUGGUCCGUCUCAUUAAAAGGUAUGAUCGCUGAACUCACAGGGAUGGAUGUUGCCAGGCAGCGCUUGUUUUGCAAGGGCAUGGCCAUGGGUAAUGACAAUCUCACCCUGCAGUCCUGGAACGUGACGGAUGGCGAUACGUUGCAAGUGCGCUUUCAGCACAAGAUUUCGCAGGAACAGAUGGAGGCAGUGCACAAGGCAUGCCAAAAUGCCGGGCAUGUGGAGCGAUCGGUGGCUUCCAUCAACGACCCAUCCUUGCCGGUGCGAGCUGAGAUGGAAUCCUCAACGUCUUCGGAUUUCUGGAAGCCUUGGAUGGGGCGCAUGAAGCCUGCGGAGAAAUCGCAAAGGUCAAGGUCCACCAGGACACCCCGAGAUGCCAAACCUGUGAUGUUGAAGGAUGAUUCCCAUACUGCCCAGUUGCGGCAUAGCAAGCACAUCCGUCGCUGUACUUCGAAGAGCGAUGUGUGGAUGAUGCCACGCUGGGUGUCGCAAGACAUCCCUCAUCACUUUGCAGCCACUGGCAACCCGAAGCACCACGUGGUGAGUCGGGAGCCCGCACCUUUUGCAGAGCAGAGCAUUUAUCUCCCUCGCGCGAUGCCACGUUAGGGCGUCUGAGGAAGUCCGUGGGGCUUUCAUAGUGAUGUGGGAGGCCCCUCAACAGUUCUGAAUCUGAGCUCCCACAGGCCCUCGCCGUCCAGAGAUGAUGUAGACGAUAGCCGAUAGAUGUCGAUAGCAGCACCGACAUAUGAUUUGUACAAUGUGG